AUGGUGCGUGAUCCUCAUCAUUCGAAUGCCGCAAGAGAAAAAUGGAGACUAGCACCACUGAAAACAAGACGAACACUUGAAGUAAACCGUAAAUUGGCGGAUCCAGCUGUAUACGUGUAUAUGAGCAAGGACGAGGAACUAUCGUUGUCCCGAUAUCGUCGUGAACUACUCGCCGAUCCAUGGUUACAUGAAGAAUUGCUCAGUCAAGAAGAAGAACCUGCACUUGCUGUUCGCACUGCUCAUAAUCCUUCUAUUAUAGCUCUUCCAUCAGACAUUGAUGUUUUCAGCUCACCAUAUAUAGAGGAAACCGGCAAAGACAUUCAAUUUUUUCUUACGUGCAAUGUUGUAUUGUCCAGCAGUACUUCUCAGAAGCUUGAACACCAAUAUUCGUAA